AUGUCUGCCUCGCCCGGCGGCGACUCACCGCGAAAUGAGGGCGACAAGCCGUUUGAAGUCAAUGGAAUGGCACUUACACAGCUCUCUGGUCGUCAACUUGACCAGCUGACAGCAGCGGUCUUGCAACUUCAAGGCUACACUGACAUUGCGGCUACAAUCCAGGCUCGGUCUGGUGGUUUAGUUUCGGGAGUCCAAGCACAGCCAGCAAUUACUCAAGAAGAACUGGUGGAGAGACACAUUCCACGCGUCCGUGGGGAUAAUCCAUACGACAAGCCAGGCGUCGUGACCCGACUGGCCGGAGUACUUAGUGGAGAUGUCACUGGAAAAGCGGUCACACCACAACCUUCAAACCUGACAGCAGUCCAAGACGGCGCUUCGAGUCAGCUGCUCUUGGAUGACCCUCUCAACCGACAAGAAGCUUUUCGAGACCUCCAAGCUUGGGUAGAAGGCUCUCUGGACAUGUAUAAGCCAGAGUUCCGACCAUUGCUAUUUCCCAUCUUUGUUCAUUUUUAUCUGGACCUCGUUCAAGGCGGAUAUCUGGAAGGAGCGCGACUAUUUCUACGGCGCUUUUACCAGCACUUUUCUAUGACACACCGGGUAACCCUCGAGAAACUUGCUGCAAUCACAAGUCCAAUUCACGUCGAACAAAGUGAAUUGGCGAAGCGGUUCCGUGAUGAGCAGUACGUCUGCCGAAUGUCACAAUCUGGCAAAGACCUACUGCUAGGCUGGUUGACGGAUGGCACUGGUGGUGAAGAAAUGGGAGCUGGUAUGGGAAUUAUGACAGCUGCUCGCGCGAAGAAGGGUCGUGACCAGAUCCUUCGGGUGAUUAACAACCAUCUUGUGUUUCAUGUCACCUCUUCUCAUUCUCUAACGAUCUCUCCAAACGUCUGGGAGGAGUCAACGGGUCUCAUGUCCAGCCUUGUCCCUCCACUACCAGCCGAUGCAGAAGCAGACGCCACCAUGGCCAACGGGACUGCAGUAGAUCAAUUCAAUGCUGCCACUGGAGUCUUGAAAUUGGGACUUCCUGGCCCUGAAGGUGCCCUAAAGGAAGAAGUUGAAAAGGUCCUCCAAGAGGACCACAUGCACGCCGUGCAAGUAGCAAACACUACUGCGGCCCAUCUACCACCACCAGACCCUCGUUCGCUCAUUCAACCUCCUAGCAAUGGGCAUCCUGUCCCAACUGCGGCCGAGUUGCCACCCAUGCCACCUAAUUUCCGUACAAUCGAUAUCAAAAGGGAGGUAGAGCGCGUUCGAGACAUUCGCAGACGGAUAAAAUUGGACGCGUCAACGUUUAGUGCUAUGGAACGGAAAGAGUUUUCCAUGAACGGGUUCGAUCAACGUCAGGUGACGGCACGACAAAAGGCGCUCCCGAGCAUUUGCUGCUAUACUUUCCGAGAAGCACCAGAAGGGGUAUCGAGUUCGGCGUUCUCGCUAGACUCCAGUCUUCUCGCAGCAGGCUUCUCCGAGAGUUACAUCAGACUAUGGAGCACAAAGGGAGAGAGAUUGAAGGCUCUUCGAUCAGACUUUGACGUUUCGGAAGUCAAAGAAUUGCGGGAUAUUAGAGAGCACCGCGGGACUGUGACUCGAAAGCUCAUCGGCCACUCGGGUCCAGUGUACGGCCUGAGUUUUGAUCCGUCUGGGGGAGCGGUGGUCGCCCCUCGCUUCUUGUUGUCCUCCUCGGGAGACAACACGGCGAGGCUAUGGUCGCUCGAUACAAUGACGAAUGUGGUUGCCUAUCGUGGUCACACCAAGCCAGUUUGGGAUGUUGAAUGGAGUCCACGAGGGAUUUAUUUUGCUACGGGAAGUCGGGAUCACACUGCACGACUUUGGACGACGGAUCGUAUUCUCUCACUUCGAAUAUUUGCUGGCCAUCUCAGUGACGUAGACUGCAUAAAAUUCCACCCCAACUCGCUCUACCUCGCCACAGGCUCGUCCGAUACGACAUGUCGACUUUGGGACGUCCAAACUGGAAACUGUGUGCGCGUAUUUUUAGGUCAUCAAGGACCUGUGACCGCGCUUGCAACGAGUCCCGAUGGAAAAUACCUCGCGAGUGCAGGCGAGGAUCUGGCGAUUAAUUUGUGGGAUCUCGGGACAGGCAAGCGCGUGAAGAAGAUGACUGGGCAUACCGCGACGAUUUACUCGCUGGCAUUUUCGCAGGAGACGUCGGUUCUCGUGAGCGGUGGCGCGGAUUGGACGGUGCGCUGUUGGGAUGUCAAGUCGGCUGGCGGGUUGAUGUCCAAGACUGGUGGCGACGAUAAUGUGAAUACGGAUGCGUAUGGGUUUGCGAAGAAGAUGGCGUCGGGUGCGACGGCGGCUGAUGCACCUGCGGAGAGGGAAGAAGAAGAUAACUUCGUCACCCGGGAUCUUAUGGAGACGUUCCCAACAAAACGCACACCAAUCAUCGACGUCAAUUUUACACCGCGUAACCUCUGCCUUGCUGCAGGAUGGUACCAGACGCCCAUCGGCGGUGGAGUGUGA